AUGUUCAUCCUUUCUGCAUUCCUUCUUCCGCUGGCAACUUCUGCCCAUUUCCUCGGUCGACAUGAUGACGCCCACUCUCAUUCAGCAAACAAACGACUCCCCGACAGCUGGUACCAACGUGACGACCACCCUGUUCACGGUCUAUUCAAGCGUGCCCCACCCACAGACGGAGUCAACUACCCUCCUGUGGGCUCUCCGACAUGGUCUGCUGCCUAUCCACAAGGCUCUCCCGAUCCCUCCAAGAUUCCUGGCGAGUGGCGCGAUGCCUUGAACGCAGCCGUUGCUGCUGGCAAGAUUCCAAAUAUCCCUCAAUCAUCAAAUACUCCCGGGCAAAACCCAACUUACCCUGCUGGGUCCAAUCCCAACGGUGAUGUGGUAUGCAGCGCGACUUACAAAUGCAGGAAUAAGAACGAUAUUUGGGAUGGCCCCGAUGGCACAAUUGGUAUCAGCUUUGACGAUGGGCCACAGCCUGUUACCGACAAGCUCCUCUCGUUUUUGCAAACCAACCACGAAACCGCGACCCACUUCAUGAUCGGUGUCAACAUCCUACAAUUUCCCAAUCAGUUCCUAUCCGCUUUCAACAUGGGCGGAGAUAUUGCUGUCCAUACCUACACUCACCCGUACAUGACAACUCUGAGCAACGAAGCCAUUGUUGCGCAACUUGGAUGGACUAUGCAGCUCAUUCACGACUCGACUGGUGGGCGUGUUCCUCGCUUCUGGCGACCUCCCUUCGGUGACAGCGAUAACCGUGUGCGAGCUAUUGCUAUGGAAGUAUUCGGCAUGACUACUGUCAUCUGGAACCAAGACACGGAAGACUGGAGUUUGACGACACAGGGCGGUACCACCCUUCAGGCCGUCAACGCCAGCAUGACGCAGUGGAUUAACGGCCCUAAAUCUCCUGGCCUCAUCAUCCUCGAGCAUGAACUGUCAGACCAGUCGGUCGGGGCAUUCAUGUCGGCUUAUCCCCUGAUGAAACAAAAAUCGUGGAAGACUGUCUCUGUUGCGCAGCUCUUCAAUGGCCUCACGCCCUAUCAAAACUCCCCAGGCAGCAAUGGACCUGUGACCAAGGCCGGCAUCCUUGCGAAUAAUGCAGCAAGCACCAACAACACAUCCAACUCUGCUCCCGCGCCGUCUGGCUCCUCAACAGGCUCAGGAUCGAAACCCCCUUCGAGUUCAACGGGGAGCACUGCGCCGUCACGCUCGCCCAGUCCCAGCCCUAGUCCAUCCCAAGGACCUAACGCGGCUCUCACCUCGAGCCCGAUGGUCCAUAUGACACUCUUAUCUAUUCUUGCCACGCUUUUGUUUGCAUGA